UCCGCGCCUUGUUUAAGAUGGAGCCGGCGGCAGCCGCCUCCGAAGUGCUGGGGGGAGCCUCGGAGUUCGUGAAAGAUCGGUUGUACUUUGCUACUUUACGAAAUAAACCGAAAAGUACCGUAAAUACUCACUACUUCUGUACCGAUGAGGAACUGGUCUAUGAAAAUUUCUAUGGAGAUUUUGGACCUUUAAAUUUGGCAAUGUUAUACAGAUACUGCUGUAAACUAAAUAAGAAAUUAAAGUAUUUCAGUCUAUCAAGAAAGAAGAUAGUGUACUAUACCAGUUUUGACCAGCGGAAACGAGCAAAUGCAGCGUUUUUAAUAGGUGCAUAUGCUGUAAUAUACUUGAAGAAAACACCAGAAGAAGCUUACAGAACACUUUUGUCUGGAUCUAAUCCACCAUAUCUUCCAUUUAGGGAUGCUUCAUUUGGGAACUGCACGUACAAUCUUACGAUCUUGGACUGUUUACAGGGAAUAAAUAAGGCCUUGCAGCAUGGAUUUUUUGACUUUAAGACAUUUGAUGUGGAUGAAUAUGAACACUAUGAGCGAGUAGAAAAUGGUGACUUCAACUGGAUUGUUCCAGGAAAAUUUUUGGCAUUUAGUGGACCACACCCAAAAAGCAAACUUGAAAAUGGUUAUCCUCUUCAUGCACCUGAAGCCUACUUUCCCUAUUUCAAGAAACAUAAUGUCACAUCAAUCAUAAGACUAAACAAAAAAAUUUAUGAGGCAAAACGCUUUACUGAUGCUGGUUUUGAGCAUUAUGACCUGUUCUUCAUAGAUGGCAGCACACCAAGCGACAGUAUAGUUCAGAGGUUCCUGAACAUCUGUGAAAAUGCUGAUGGUGCUAUUGCUGUACAUUGUAAAGCUGGCCUGGGGAGAACAGGAACACUGAUUGCCUGUUACAUAAUGAAACACUACAAGUUCACACAUGCUGAAGCCAUUGCUUGGAUAAGAAUAUGUCGACCAGGCUCUAUUAUAGGACCCCAGCAACACUUCUUGGAAGAGAAGCAAGCAAUGUUAUGGCUGGAGGGAGAUCUCAUCCGAUCAAAGCAGAAACAACGAGUAGUUGAUGGAAACAUUAACAGAGUUCUUUGUGGCUUGAAUGACAUUUCAAUCAGUGACAGCUUGAAUAAAGUACAAGACUUGGAUCAAUACAGGGAGAAUGAUUUUGAAGACAAAGCAGGUGUGGAAACUCAGAAUGGCAUGACGCAGGGAGAUAAGCUUAAUGCCUUAAAAAGUCGGAGACGGCCAUGUUCUGCUACAACUGGAGCUCUGAGGCUGCAAGACAUGAAACUACACGCCAGGUCAAUAUCACAACCUUUCAGACUGAAUACUUCAGGUAGCACAGAAGGAUCCAUGUCUCCUCUGAAGGCCUCCAAAGUGAUGGCAGUUAAUUCACCAUCUGCAGAAAGAAUAAGCAGAAUUCCCACAUCCUCAGGCUCUAACCUUAAAAGCGUUUCCAUAAACUCCAGACUAGCCAGUUCUCUAGGGAACCUGUAUGCUGCUUCAGAUGAUGAUGAGAGCAAAAGGACAUCAUCGUCCUCUAGGACAGGUUUUUCUGUAAGCCAUAUCUCCAGCCACUUGAAUGGCAGCUUGCAGCUGCCUCACAGAAAUAAUCAUGAACUGAACAACAACUUAUACAACAGAAGCAGCAGUAGUGGCAACAACCUGAGCAGCCAAACCAGUUUUCACAGCACCGUGACAGAUGAGUACGCUCAACCUUCCUUUAUGGGCCUUACAACUCCUCCAGCACGAUACCAGAGUCAAUCAAUUCCUUCCCUUCAGUCUGAGUAUGUUCAGUACUAAAGCCUUGCUGCUUUGGUGAAACCUGUUGAGCUCUUAAAGUCGAAGUCCUUCACGAAGGAGAAGAACUUAAGGAAGGAAGCUGCUCACUCAGAGGAGGAAUCUUCAAUACAAGACAUAUUAAAACCCUAACACCAAGAGGAGACUUCUUAACAGGCAGAAAUUCCUUGUUAAUGACUACUGCAGAUGCACUGAUGUUGAAUUUAUGGAAAUUAUUACCCCAUGUUAUAUACAGAUUUAAAUUUUUAAUGUUGAGACAGCUUGAAUAUAUUUCUAAGGAGUUUCGUUAAGACAUUUAUUAACUUGUGUACAGUGUUAAAAUAUGUAUUAAGAGAAUAUUUUGGUAAGCAAUAUAUAUAAAAAUUAUGUAAAAAUUAGAAUAUAUUUUAAUUUAGUGUUCACUUUGCUACAAAGAUGUGUAUUUUAAAGAAUUUUUACAUGUUUAUCAAAGAUAUGAAAAUUUUUUUAGGAACAAGAUGUUUUUCUUGUUUUAUGGGUCCAUGAUUAUUGCUUAAAGCCUAAUG